AGUUUUGAUUUGAUUGGUUUAUUUACGAGUUAGUUUUGUGCAAUUGUGCCGGUGAAAAACUGUGUUUCUUCUACGCAAAUAUCGCAAAGUGCAUAAUAACCACUUAGUUUCUGUGAGAAUUUAGUGCACCAUCAUCAAGCAAUUUGAAAUUCAAACCCUCGAUCAACAUAAACUUGACGAGUUAAAAUGUCAGACGAUGCAAGUGGUAGCAACAUCAGCAGUAGUGGCAGCAGCAGCAAUAAUAGUAAUAACUUGAAUAUCGGAGGUCUAAUCGUUACCGACCAAGACAGUGCAGCUCCGGACAAUCCGGGUGCAUCAGUUCCAGCCGAAGAACAUAAAUCGGCUCCCAACACCGACGGUUACCGUGUUCCAGAUACUUCCCAGCAACGUCAGCAGCUGCAGCAGCAUCAAUCGGACACACUGCUAACGGAUUCCGAGAACACUAAUAACGAGAAUCGAGUGAUAGAAAUGGAAAGUGCCGCGAAUACUAACCGGGCUGAAGUUGGUCAUCCGGAAGCUGAAGUGUCAAUUGAUCCGGUAGCGGAAAAAAGUGAACAAAGUGUGGAAAAAUCUGGUGGAAAUGGAGAUAAAUAUAGCGAUAAUGUCACCUAUGACGAAGGCGGUAAAGCGAUUUAUACUGAUCCGGAAACCAAGUAUCGAUAUGAAUGGUGCAAGGAUAAAAAUGAGUGGAUUCCGGUGGCAUCGGAGCAAGCCACCCGCGAAGGGGAAUCCAAUCCAUAUGAAAACGAACACUACCGAUGGUGUCAUGAGAGCAACAAAUGGAUUCCGAAGGAGAAUCCAAAGGAAACGGAACAUUAUCGAUGGUGUGAGAAAACGAAUCAGUGGAUUGCAAAGGAAAAGCCGACGGAAGAGGAUCGAACGUACAGUUUUGAGGAUGGUGUCCAUCUGUACACCGAUAAGGACGGGGCAGUCUACUUCUGGGACGAAGAGAGAAAAGCUUGGUUUCCCAAAGUGGACGAUCAUUUUAUGGCAGUUUAUCAGUUGAAUUAUGGGUUUAUCGACAACACUUCCGGUAGUAGUUCGAAGGUUACUACUAGUGAAGAAGCUGUGGUAAAAGACGAUGAUCCCGUGGAGGACGAAGUGGAGGACCCAGAAGAAACGGUUAAAGUGCAAGGCAAGAAACGGAAAGCUCCUCCAGAACCACCCAAGUGGUUCGAACUGAAAGAGGAACACAAUACGAAAGUGUAUGUAUCGAACCUACCGCUCGAUAUUACCGAGGAAGAGUUCGGUGAACUGAUGACCAAGUGUGGGAUGGUUCUGAAGGAUCCCAAAACCAAUAAGUUGAAACUGAAGUUAUACCGCGAUUCGAAUGGGAUGCUGAAAGGGGACGGAUUGUGUCACUAUAUCAAGAUUGAGUCGGUCGGUCUGGCGCUGGAGAUCUUGGACAAUUAUGACCUACGUGGACAGAAAAUUCGUGUCCAACGGGCCGAGUUCCAGCUCAAGGGCGAGUACAACCCAUCGUUGAAGCCGAAGGUCCGUAAACGGGAGAAGGAGAAGAUGCGCAAAAUGCAGGAAUCACUCUUCGACUGGCGCCCGGAGAAGAUGCGAGGUGAACGCUCGAAGCACGAACGGAUCGUCAUCAUCAAGAAUCUGUUCGAACCGGAGCUGUUCGAGCGGGAGGUUCAUCUGCUGCUCGAGUACCAGAACGAUCUGCGGGAGGAGUGCAACAAGUGCGGUACCUGCCGCCGGGUCGUCCUGUUCGAUCGUCACCCGGAGGGUGUGGCCCAGAUCACGAUGAGUGACCCGGAGGAAGCGGAACUGGUGGUGAAGCUGAUGCACGGACGCUUCUUCGGGCAGCGCAAACUGACGGCGGAGAUUUGGGACGGCAGGACGAAAUAUAGGAUCGCCGAAACGGAAGCUGACACCAAUAAACGUCUGGGCAACUGGGAGAAAUAUUUGGAGAAAGAAGAUGAAAAAUUAGCCACUACUCCGGAAACAAAAUCGGAAGAAAAAACUGACCCACGAGGGGAAACUGAUGUUCUGAAGCAGGAAAUACAGCGCUCAUCAUCGCAGAUGGAUGAACAGCCACAGAAAAGGCCACCAUCGCCGCAGUUGGAAAUGGAACCGAAGGAUGCUGAUAAGGCUCCAGAGUUGUCAGAGCCCGGAGACGACGACGAGUCUGCAGCAGCACAGGAUUCACCGAACCACGAAUAGUGAAAACAUGAGUAUUUUUUUUUUUGCUGUGGAAGACUACUACCGAGUACUGAUAAGGUAAUAAGCUAUUUAAAAGAGAAUCAGGGGGAUCGCUCGUGAUUUCGUAUUGAAGAAACUGGUUUAAAAUU